CACAAGCCCAGUUUUCUUUGGACGCGCGGGAGAUAAAUGAAGAAACCCACAGAGCGCGGGAAUAAAUAGAGAAAAUCAACCCCCCCCCCCUAAUCAGCUGAUCCUUUUUAAGUGCAGGACUUUUUUUAUUCAUUUAUUUCUUCCCAGAAGCCAUCCUUGGCUGAGCCUCCAUGGGAUAUUUUGGCUGCGUGAGGGAGGUUGGCUCGAUAUAGGCGCCUCUCCGUCGCGUAUUCCUGCGGGAGGAGGACUGGACGCACGAGGAAGUGAAGGCUGCGCUCGUGGACAUUGUUGUGUUUCAGUCUGCAGGUGAUUAACUGUUGCAGUUUGGUUUUGAAAAACGUCUUUGGGAUGCAGCGUCUGGGAAUAACAAGUUGAGUCCCGACAUUGGUGUUGGAAUGAUCUGACAAGAAGUGAAAUGUUCUUCGUGCCAAUUUGGAAAUGGAAAAAAAGAAGAUACGUUUUUAGAACAUGCUAGGUCGGACAACGUGACCGUGGUUAAAAAGAAGUGUUCCCAAAUUCCUCCACAUAUACAAGCCUAGAGUGGAACCCAACGCAUCUCCACUGGUUCUCUAUUGGCGUCACAUUUUCUGCUUGUCUUUCUGGAAAUGUGAGUCCGGGGGAGACCAGUGCGCACCGCCACACAGAGUCGCCAAGGCUGCGACGCACAAACCCAAUUUUCUGUCGGGGAACCGCGCUUGGCACCGCAGCAUCGCAACGACGUCCACGCGUUUUCUCUCCGCGAUGCCUCCGUUUGCACCGAUUCCACGACUGGCCAGUGGAUAGUGAUUUUUUUCUUCUUCAUAUUCUCCAUGGUUCACACCGGGCAGGUGUCUCAGAGAAGGCGAGACCUCGACAGUUUGGUUCAGUAAAUCCUGGACACACCUUUUUUAAUGUCAGUCAAGAUCUCGGCUGGGCUGCCAUGAUGAGCGAGGAGUGUCCCGUGCCGCUGGGGAGCAUUUCCUUGGCAGGGCCGGGGCAGAGCGAGGAGUACGGCCUGGGCCAAGCCGACGACAUCAUCGAGGAAGUGGGCCCCGGCGACGACGUCAGCAUCGGCAGUGACCUCAGCACUCUGGUGCUGCCCUUCCCGGAGCUGGCGCCCGUGGUCUUCUUCUGCCUCAAGCAGACCACCUGCCCUCGCAACUGGUGCAUCCGUAUGGUCUCCAGCCCGUGGUUCGAGAGGAUUAGCAUCAUGGUGAUCCUGCUCAACUGUGUGACGCUGGGCAUGUACCAGCCCUGUGAAAACAUCGACUGCACCUCGGACCGCUGCCAGAUACUGCAGGCCUUUGAUGCAUUCAUCUACAUCUUCUUUGCAUUGGAGAUGGUCAUAAAGAUGGUGGCUCUUGGGAUCUUCGGCCGUCGCUGUUACCUGGGGGACACCUGGAACAGGCUGGACUUCUUCAUCGUCAUGUCCGGGAUGGUGGAGUACUCCCUGGACCUGCAGAACAUCAACCUGUCGGCCAUUCGGACAGUGCGGGUCCUCCGGCCCCUCAAAGCCAUCAACAGAGUACCAAGUAUGCGCAUCCUGGUGAACCUGCUGCUGGACACUCUGCCCAUGCUGGGCAACGUGCUGCUGCUCUGCUUCUUCGUAUUCUUCAUCUUCGGCAUCAUCGGUGUGCAGCUGUGGGCGGGUCUGCUGAGGAACCGCUGCUACCUGGAGGAGAACUUCAACCUCUCCUCAGGCAUGACCCUGCCCGCCCCGUACUACCAGGCGGACGAGAACGACGAGCGUCCCUUCAUCUGCUCCCUGGCGUCCGACAACGGAAUCAUGUCGUGCGGCGACGUGCCGGCGAGGCGCGAAGGAGGACGCACGUGCUGCCUGGACAGGGAGGACGCGCUGCACAGACAGGCUCUGGGCUUGAGUCCUGAGCCGCUGGCCAACGGCAGCGGCGUUGGGGAGGCGGUGGGUCUGUGCAUCAACUGGAACCAGUACUACACGCGGUGCCACACAGGAAGCACAAACCCCCACAAAGGCGCCAUCAACUUUGAUAACAUCGUGUACGCCUGGAUUGUCAUUUUUCAGGUGAUCACUCUGGAGGGCUGGGUGGAGAUCAUGUAUUACGUGAUGGAUGCGCACUCCUUUUACAACUUCAUCUACUUCAUUUUACUCAUCAUUAUCGGCUCAUUCUUCAUGAUCAACCUGUGCCUGGUGGUUAUCGCCACCCAGUUCUCAGAGACCAAACAGCGGGAGCACCAGCUGAUGCAGGAGCAAAGGGCUCAGUGCCUGUCGUCCUCCACCCUGGCCAGCAUGGCCGAGCCCGGGGAUUGCUACGAAGAGAUCUUCCAGCUGGUCUGCCACGUCCUCCGCAAGGCCAAGAGGAGAUCGGCAGCCCUCUACUACACGCUGAGGGGCAAGCCCCCGCCGGCUGGAGGAGGCCGGGGUAACAGGAGGGGGGGAGGGAACGUGAACGGAGAGCGGCAUCAUUCCCGGCACCCUAAAACGCCCCAAUGUCCGCACCAGAGCAAGCAAGACAACGGCUCUCAGACACUCGCUAACUCCCUCACUCUGGCCGUCCCUCAGAAUCCCGAGGACUGCCCCAUAUGUGCAUUAUCACUGCAAGAGGGGGCGAGGGAGGUGGGAGACUCCGCCAGCGGGGAGGAACAUGAGGAGGAAGCAGUGAAAGAGACGAGCAAGGACGAGAACCACCUCGAGGAGAGGGGAGAUGGGGAGAAGAAGAGGAAGAGGACAUGCUUUGGACAUUGUAAAGACAUUUGGAAUGACAUGAGGAGGAAACUUUGGGGCAUUGUAGAGAGCAAGUACUUCAGCAGGGGCAUUAUGAUCGCUAUCCUCAUCAACACCAUCAGUAUGGGCAUCGAGCAUCAUAACCAGCCAGAGGAGCUGACCAAUGUCCUGGAGAUCUGCAACAUAGUUUUCACCAGCAUGUUCACCCUGGAGAUGAUCCUCAAGCUGACUGCGUUUGGCUUCUUUGAGUACCUGAGGAACCCGUACAACAUCUUUGACGGCAUCAUUGUCAUCAUCAGCGUGUGUGAGAUCAUCGGUCAGGCAGACGGCGGUCUGUCAGUGCUGAGGACCUUCAGGCUGCUGAGGGUCAUUAAGCUGGUGAGGUUCAUGCCUGCGCUGAGGCGGCAGCUGGUUGUGCUGAUGAAGACUAUGGACAACGUGGCCACUUUCUGCAUGCUGCUUAUGCUCUUCAUCUUCAUCUUCAGCAUUCUGGGGAUGCACAUCUUUGGCUGUAAGUUCAGUCUGAAGACCGAGGCAGGAGACACGGUACCGGACAGGAAGAACUUUGACUCUCUGCUGUGGGCCAUCGUCACCGUCUUUCAGAUCCUGACUCAGGAGGACUGGAACAUGGUGCUGUACAACGGGAUGGCCUCCACCUCGCCCUGCGCCGCUCUCUACUUUGUAGCUCUCAUGACAUUUGGAAACUACGUGCUCUUCAAUUUACUGGUCGCCAUCCUGGUCGAGGGUUUCCAGGCUGAGGGUGAUGCAAACCGCUCCUACUCGGACGAUGACAGGUCUUCCUGUAAUUUUGAGGAGAGCGACAAGCAGAAAGACUCUCUACAUCUCUCAGACCCAAAGAUCUCUACUCUCACCCCAAAUGGACACCUGGACUUGUCCGCGCUGCCGCACGGUCUGUUUCCAGGAGAGAGGUUGACCUUUGCCCUCGGCUCCAGGAAGAACAGUGUCAUUUCUCUGGGCCGGGCCAACUUGGAGCAGAGGGUGAUGUAUCCAGCUCGGGGUUAUCACAACUGGGGGCGCCCGCUCCCCACCCAGCCUCAGGCCCUGUGGGCCCGGCGUUCCAGCUGGAACAGCCUGGGAGGAUGCCGGCCUUUCGCCUCCUCGUCUCCCUCCGCCAGUCCGGCAUUCACUCCCACCUCCGCCAGGCCCUUCUAUGGCUACGGCCUGGGGGGUCUCGGCGGAGUAGUCGGAGGAAGCCUGCGUAUCCGGGGUCCCCGCGCCUCUUCGUCGCCGCACCGCCACUUCCACCACGUCCACCAGGACGAGGAGGAGUCCCUCCUGUCUCCUCCGGCCGCCGCUCCGCACUCUCUACACCUCCCUCAUCCUGUGCGGCCGGGCUACUUUGUACCCCGGAGGGACCGCAGAGCUCUGUCCCUGGAGCUGCCCCACCUGCUGCAGGUCCCAGGGCCCCCGCACCCUCCGCCGCCCCCACACCUCCCGCCGCCGCCGCCGCCGCCCUCCACGGCGUUCCACGCUCACCACAGGAAGAAGAGCUUCUCCGGGGCGAUGGUUUUAGGCGGCGGUGACGGCCUGGGCGUCUACGGCGGGGUACACCAAGACUGUAACGGGAAGACCCCUCUGUCCCAGCAUCUCCAGCUCCCUCCCAGACACCACACUGAGACGUCCGGAGGGCCGAACCCCCACAGCCAGCUGAUGGCCGACGUCUUCCCCCAGGUCAACACGCGCAGCAAGGACCGGGAGGACCUGGACGACGACAUUGAAUACAGCUUGUGCUUCCGCAUCCAGAAGAUGUUAGAAGCGUACAAACCGGAGUGGUGUGAGAGCAGAGAGGACUGGUCUGUCUUCCUGUUCUCCCCGCAGAACAAAUUCCGACAGAUAUGCCAGUCCAUCAUCGCCCAUAAGCUGUUUGACUAUGUGGUGUUGGCCUUCAUCUUCUCCAACUGCAUUACAGUAGCUCUGGAGCGGCCCAAGAUCCUACAGGGCAGCUUGGAAAGAGUCUUUCUCACCAUCUCCAACUACAUCUUUACUGCCAUCUUUGUGAGCGAGAUGACACUCAAGGUGGUUUCCAUGGGUCUGUACGUGGGUGAACAGGCAUACCUGCGCAGCAGCUGGAACAUUCUGGACGGCUUCCUGGUCUUUGUGUCUCUGAUCGACAUUGUCGUGUCCAUGGCGGGAGGAGCCAAGAUCCUGGGUGUUCUACGAGUACUGCGGCUGCUCAGGACACUGCGUCCCCUCAGGGUGAUUAGCAGAGCUCCAGGUCUGAAGCUGGUGGUGGAGACCCUCAUAACCUCCCUCAAACCCAUCGGCAACAUUGUUCUCAUCUGUUGUGCAUUCUUCAUCAUCUUCGGCAUCCUUGGGGUGCAGUUGUUUAAAGGCAAAUUCUUCUACUGCUUCGGCCUUGACGUCAAAAACAUCACCAACAAGUCUGACUGUCUGCAAGCAAACUACAAGUGGGUCCACCAUAAGUACAACUUUGACAACCUGGGACAGGCUCUGAUGUCCCUGUUUGUUCUCGCCUCCAAGGACGGCUGGGUAAACAUUAUGUACCACGGCCUGGAUGCCGUGUCUGUGGACCAGCAGCCGGUGACCAACAACAAUCCGUGGAUGCUGCUGUACUUCAUCUCCUUCCUCCUCAUCGUCAGCUUCUUUGUCCUCAACAUGUUCGUCGGCGUGGUGGUGGAGAACUUCCACAAGUGCCGCCAGCACCAAGAGGUGGAGGAGGCCAAGAGGCGCGAGGAGAAGCGCCAGCGGCGCAUGGAAAAGAAGAGGAGAAAAGCCCAGAAGCUACCCUACUUUGCCAGCUAUGGCAACGUACGCCUGAUGAUCCACACACUGUGCACCAACCACUACCUGGACCUCAUCAUCACCUUCAUCAUCUGCAUCAACGUCAUCACCAUGUCCUUGGAGCACUACAAUCAACCUCGUUCUCUGGAUCUCGCCCUGAAGUACUGCAACUAUUUCUUCACCUCUACAUUUGUGCUGGAAUCAGUACUCAAACUCAUCGCUUUUGGCUUUCGUCGCUUCUUCAAGGAGAGGUGGAACCAGUUGGACCUCGCCAUUGUGCUUCUGUCGGUGAUGGGAAUAACGCUGGAGGAGAUCGAGAUCAGUGCGGCGCUGCCCAUCAACCCCACUAUCAUCAGGAUCAUGAGAGUACUGAGGAUAGCAAGAGUGCUGAAGCUGCUGAAGAUGGCGACAGGAAUGAGAGCCCUGCUGGAUACGGUGGUCCAAGCCCUGCCUCAGGUGGGUAACAUGUGCGUGCGCUCCACGCUGCUGUUUUUCAUCUACACCGCCUUAUGAGUGGAGCUGUGUGUAGAGCAUGUCUGUAAUGAAGACUACCCAUGUGAGGGUAUGAGUCGUCACGCUACCUUUGAGAACUUUGGCAUGGCCUUCCUGACCCUGUUUCAAGUCUCCACGGGCGACAACUGGAAUGGCAUCAUGAAGGACACCUUGCGGGAGUGCCCACCGGACCACGGCACGGAUGUGGACUACGCCUGCAACCCGAGCCUCCAGUUCAUCUCGCCCAUGUACUUUGUCUCCUUCGUGCUCACCGCCCAGUUCGUGCUCAUCAACGUGGUGGUGGCCGUGCUGAUGAAGCACCUGGACGACUCCAACAAGGAGGCCCAAGAGGAGGCGGAGAUGGAUGCAGAAAUUGAGCUGGAGCUGGCCCAGGGCACCCUCUGUUGCAUGGGCGCCCCCGGCUGCGGGGGCGCGAGGGUGGACAAGGGACUGGUGGACGCCGGACCCGGAGGCACAGCGGGGGGCAGCGACAGAGGAUGCGGGGAGCGGGCGGAAGGAGUGCGCAGGGUGCUUCAUUCAGCCGGCAGCGCGCGCUCAGGAGCGUACAGCUCCCGCGACUCGGGCCGAGCGCUGUACUCACCAGCACAAGAGAGCCAAUGGCUGGACAGCGUCUCCCUUCUAAUCAAGGAUACACUGGAGGGGGAGAUGCUGAUGAUCGACAACCUCUCCGGUUCUGUUUUCCACCACUAUGCUUCUCCUCCACCCCUCUGCAGAAAUUGCAAGGGUCAUCCGCACGAGCAGAUCAGGAUGGCGGAGAUAGAGCAGGCGUCGCUGAAGUCGGAGCAACUGUCGGACAAGUCUUCGUCCCCCGCUCUGCCGGACGACCUCAGCCUGGACGAACACACUGCCUACCAGCUGCUGGCGCGAGAGGGGAAGGGAAGGUGCAGCAGUGACUCCCACAGCUCAGAAGAGGCUGGAGGUGGAGGAAGUCACGCAGGAGGCCACCAGACCCGGACCGUGGUGCAGAGCCAGGUGCAAGGGUCGGGCCAGCCCUGCCGGCCGCCCAGCACUGGCAUCGAGGUGGAGACUGCACUGCAGGGGAAAGAGAUGCUAACACACCAACCUCACUGUAGCCCUGGCGGCGUUUCUAGCAGCAGCAGCAGCAACAAGGAAAGGACCACAGGAGGAGUUGGAGGAGCCAGUGGCGUUGCUCCCCUUUUCAGUCUGCCUGCAGAGUUCUUCCAGCCUGCAGGAGCAACCAUCCCGGCACCUCCUCGCAGUAAAAGCCUACGGUUGUCGAGGGGCCUUAGAGUGACCUCUCCCGACUCCUGGGCAUCGCUCCGCUCCCCAGGAGCCCAUAACAAGAUGCUCUGCACACAGUAUCCGUCCCACAGUGACUCGUCCAUUGCUACUGGCAGCUCUGAAGGCAGCCUCCAGACCACCCUGGAGGAGGGACUGAGCUUCAGCAUCUCUCCACCACAGAACCUAGAGUUGCCUUUGCCAACGGCUCCCUUGCCACACCCGUUGCCUGAAGACGACAUUGCCACUUCCUCCCCUAUCCGGACCCUGAGACCCCGGCCGAGCCCCUCAUCAGCCCUCACCCUCCAAGCCACCAGGGGCCACCAGCGUAGCCAGAGCAGUGGGCGAGGUAGCACCAGCCCGGGCUACGCCAGGGAAGACUCCAUCGACCCUUCGGACGAGGACCUGGGCAUAGGUAUCGGAUCGUCAAUUGGUGGUUGUGGCUCCAGCCAGGCGGGCAACAGUGAACACUUGUCAGAGACACUGAGCAGCUUGUCGCUGACAUCGCUGCUGUCGCCCAGCUCCCUGGUGUACCCAGAAGGGGUGGUGAAGAAGUGCAACAGCACAGGCAGCUUGGACCAAGGGGGGAUGCUGCUGUCGUCGCGUCCCAGGGAGGGACGCCGGGAGAUUCUGGGCAUGGAGCUAAUGGACCCCCAAGGCUUCCUGGCCAACCCCUGGGCAGGGGUGUUAGUUGAUACAAGAAGAGGAGAAGGACGAGUUGAAAUGGGAGAUGGCGAGCAAGGGUUCAAAGGGAAGAGCUCAAGCCAAACGACAGUAGGACCGUGUCGGAAAAACAGAUGAAACCCACUGUUCACUGUUCUUUGUCUCUCCAUUCCUUGGAUCUAAACCCCUAGCUGUCCCUCUGACUCUCUCUGCUUUCACCAGUGAGAGAGAGAGGCUUGAUGACACAUGAUGUCCCGUAUUCCAAAGCCGAACCCUCAUCUUACACCCCCAACCCCUUUCUCAACAUUUGUGACAAGCCCAUAUCGUAUUUCGUGCUACCUAAGGAAGGGUAUUGGUUAUAGCCUGCUGGUGAGGAUGCAGAAUCAAGGCCUUAUACCCUCUUGGAGGAUGUACCUGUAAGGACUGCUUUGAAGGUUUUGCUCACAUUGGAAGACCAGGAGACCAAUUCGUAUCAGGGAGCCAAUAGAAUCAAAAGAAAGAAGAGAUUCAACUUGAAGACACAGGAAGGAUCCUUGUUCUUGCUCGAUUGUAGUUUGCUUUAUGCCGCGUCGGCUCGGGUCCGAACUGAAAUAGCUCUCCGUAAAAACCAAGACUGUUUUGAUCGGUUUACGUCUCAGAGGCAGUGCAGCACGUAAGUGGGAGGAGGCUUGGAAAAUGGCAGAAUAUUUUAAGGCGGAAGGAAGGCUGCGAAAGGAGAAGGCGGGUCAUUUUUGUUUGGCUGGGAAAGCAGAAAGCGGAUCUAACGUCCAUCUGCUCCGGCAGACGGAAACAACGAGUCACACUCACUCUGGCACAGGACCUUCCGCUGGGUUCAGAGUAAAACGCGAGGUGGAGGAGAGUUCAAGUGCGUGUGCUUAAAGUCUUUGUGGGAGCGCUGCCGGAGGUCUGCAAGGCAUGCAUUUAAUCAUUCUCAUCUCUUCCCCGUACCUCUAUCAUUUUGAAACAGAAGACGGGUAUUGACUGAUCAAAGCGCCGUGCCUCUGUCAAGUUAGUCUUGAGUGGCGGUGGAAAAUGAAAAGAAAUUGACAGACGCGGAGGUAUAACGGUGCAUGGAGUGAUUCGUGAAAUUGGUUAUUUUUCCUUCUAUCUCCAACAUCUCUCCCAAACAGGGAGAAAUGAGUAAGAAAGAAAGCUGGAUGGAGCUUUACUCCACCAGAAGAAACAAUAACGUGUGCAUGGGCCAGCCUUGUGUGCACCAAAAAUAAAUGGUUCACAGCUCCCUAAUGAAGUGAAACUUCAAGCGCACUCCAUUGACACAACUUCCUCUCACCAUGCUUAAGGAUUUGUGAUGAAUGGACAAACCCACACGAGUUGCUCGGGAUCUUGACUGCAUGAUGGAAUUGCAUUUAACCAAGAUUUUUUUAUCUAUAUACAGAAGUGUAUCAAGAUGUCAAUGUUGGGUGAUAACCAUGUGAUUUUUAUUCCACUAUUUUUGUAGGAAAGAGAAUAGGCACGUGCAAGUGUUACUUUGUCCCCAUGUCAUUUAACCCACACAAUCUCUUGUUGUCUAGGACUUUUUGUCUGCCAGUGGCUUCCAGUUUUAUAAUAUUUUUUUAUGUGUGGACGGUGUAUAAAACAACAAAGCAAAAAAUGUCAAACUAACUCCCGUGCGCUGAAGUGAUUGCUCCCUCCAGCGCGUUUCUCCUUGGGAACCCCGGUUCCUCACGGAUUUCGUUUUUUCUUUCAAAUGUUGGAGUCCAAAGGGGGCAACCAGAGAUGGGAACAGCCAUAUUCAGCACUCAGCACACAAGGAUCGUUCCAGCUCACAGACAUUCCUGAACACGGGGAACUUUGCUUUUAGCCUCCAAAGCUGAAAAAAACAGACACGAUUAGCAUAAAUCAUCUUUAUGAAAGCUUUAAUUUUUAAAGUUACACCACAACAUCUUGAUUAUGGACAGUGUGUCUUAAGCAUGGUUCUGGGAUUGCAAUACAGUAUUAUUUUUCUUGAAAUGACGCUCAAUGCACUCAUAUUUUCGUCACACAUACACUAUGUUGUAGCAGCAGUUUCUCACACCAUAGUUGGACAUCAACAGCUGAUACUGUACCGAUGAACAAAACUCUGCAUCUUUUAAUGCAAACUUGUUCUGGCCUCUGCCGCUUGAUGAAUCACUCACAUCCAAAAAGGAGGUGCUCAUCUUAAGGCCUAAUUUCUAGAUGUCGACUGUGGUGUCCCUUUUGUUUUAAACAUUACCUUGUUUUUGUUUUUUAUUUCUCAAAAAGAAUGAGGUGAUGCGAGAAAAACUGAGGGUUUUACCUUUUUAUAAUCAUGCAAAAUCACUUUGACGACUAUGUUCUAUCACAUGGUGUUGGGUAUUAGAGCGGUGUUGAAGACAGUUGUGUAAGUGUAUGCUUGUGUGCGUGUGUGUGUUCAUAACUUCAGGUGAAGUGAUUUGCCUUUUCCUGCAGUGUCCCGUUUUGUCCAAGAAGGAAAACACGGAGCAACCAAGGGCUGUUUUAGCUUCAAAGAUAUAUCGUCCUAUCUUUCUGAGACAAAUCCUUGUGUCAACUGAAUAUGACACCAAAGGUUAAAGCCUGACUACGCAGCAAUAAAUGUUCUAUGUGGAUGCCCUGAGUAAAUGAUGUCAAUGUGAUUUCUAUCUCCUCAGAAUACCACAGUUUUCAUUGCCGUCUGUUUUUGAUGCUACUUGUCUGAACCUACAACCAAUCUGAGAGCACGUCUGCCCUCUCGGGAACCAAUCAGUAAAGAGAAAUUGGAAAACAUGAACAAUUGAGGUUAUUGAACUAAGGUCAGGCGGAACAACUGGUAACUUUUGAAAGAUAGCUGUAAAGGUGUGCACAGACUGUAGCAAAUUUUCUUGCUUUAUUCACACAAAUUUAACUGGUGGAGCGUUGAUAUGCUGCAAACAGCAAAUGCACCCACGGUCCAGAUGUUGGCUAUACAAACUUAACAAUGCACCGACUCCCUGCGUGCACAGUGUGCCUUUGUAGGUGAGUGCGUGCUACAUUUCUGAAUCAUAGCAAUUUACCAGGAUUGGAUGAUUUUCCUUUCUGUUGUUUCCCCCCUCUCUUGUCUCUGUAUGUGCACAGAGUGGAGUGCGAUAGCUCUGGAGAAGCACACAUUGUUUGCUAAAGUUUCUACCUUUUCAAAUAGCAAAGAGUUGUGCCACUCUACGUUGAAGUCGUAUGCAAUGACUCCACCUCCAAAAUGAGCUUCGCCUUCAGUCUGAACACACCUUAAGGAGUGUACAAUUCACAUUUGUACAUAUCUUUGUAUUUUGAUCUGCAUGUGUGCAUUACUGCCAGUAACCAUGAUUAUUAUCAUUAGAAUGCAUUUCAUAAAAUUGUACAAAGUUAAAGGGAAUGCCCCAGUGAUUUUUGACUGCUGCUAUGAAUCUACUAAAAACAUCAGUCAAAGCCACAAAAAAAUGUGUUUCUUCCUGCACACUAUUCACAAGAUAUUCAUCAAUUUUGAUUUAAUUCGCAUUUAAUAAGCAUUUGAAAUGAGAGAAGGAGAAAAAGAGGGUUGUGCCAAGACAGUCUGAAGGAGCAAAAGGAAAGCCGAGAACCGGUCAGGGACAGAAGCAGGAAGUGUGCAGAGAUGACGUGGACGGCUGGACAGCGUGGAUCCGACGCUCGGCGCUGCAGGACUAAGAGACUUCUUCAGACAGCUCGUCAUCGGCGGCCUGGCCCAGCGGAGCCGGCGGUGCGAGAGGAGCACAUUAGGCAUGCACGCUGAACUCUGAGGUGUUGUUUACCUCACACCCACAACCAGCCAGCCAUCCCACCUCAUCCAACCCCACCCCCCUCCCUGCAGGCCCCUUGUCCUUCGAAGGAAUGACAAGGAAGAUGAAGAAGAUGAAGAAAACAAACUAGUGUGCAGAUUUGGUUGAUUUCCUACCUCUUCAAUCACCUUUUUCACCUCCACUGCAGACGCGGGGGUUUUGUCUGAGCUGUAGUGCUUCUGUACCGCAUGGCGCAUCCAUUAAAUGUAUUUUUCUGAGACGGGGGAUGGGUCGGAUUAAAAGUGGGCUAAGCCAGGCAUAA